AUGAUCAACAAUGUUUUUAAUCUCUUUUUUAAUAACGUGUUGUAUUUAAGAAUUUUUUUUGUCAAUGAUAAUAAUAGUUAUGAAAAGAUAUUUAUUAAUUUGAAUAAAGAAGAAACUUUAUCAGCAGGUAAAAAAAUUGCAAAAUUUUUUAAUGAAAAAUUAAAGGAAAAAGGGUUUGUUUAUUUGGCUACAGUGAUUUUACUUUAA